GAUAACUCCAACGACUUCGAUUAUCGAUGUCGCGGCGAGUACUCGCGGUCCGUCUGGCACUGGUUUCAAGACGAACUUACGCGGAACGGAGCGAAGACGUCGCGUUUUUGAAUCUCCGUAGGAAUACGGAACGUGAGGUAAACCGCCGGUCGCGUGCGAGGAAUCCCCGAAUUCGCGCGCCAUCGGGUCGACGCGCAUAGCCGCCCGUCUUCUCGCCGCACGGUACCUUCUCUUCUUUCUAGGAUUUCCCCGGGAACCACGUAAAACGUUAUCACAUGGGAAAGACGGCCAGCGAACGUCAACGAUCAAUAGUGUCACGAAAAUGACUUGGUGACUCAUAUACCGGGAGUUUAGCACGAAUCAUGGUGUCCAGGGAUAACGAGAGGCUGUUGCCCGAGCCUGAGAGCUACGCAAAAUGUUUUUACGAUCUCUUCAAGAACGUCGCCGAGGCACAAAGAAAUAAGGGAGAAUGGAGAAAAUGUAAAAAGAAUAAAACUAUUCGUAAACGAGACAAAAAAAAGGUUGAUCUAAAUGGUGAAUUAAAUUACAAUAGUCCACCAGAGAUAGAAGCAUCUUGUAAUGCUUCAGCAUUUGCUGUAUUUGCUAGUGUGAGAAGUGCUAUUUUAGAAAAACAUGCAAAAUUGUCAAGUGAAAUUUAUAGAGCAUCCAACUGUAACUCUCCGCCACCAGAACUUAGCGACACUAUAGAUACAGAAAGUGACGAUGAGGAUAGGAUAUCAACUAUACAAAAUUUACCAAAGAUUGUAGGUAUCGGUCUAAGAAGUGUUUUUACAUUGAUGCGGGAAAGUAGAACAAUCGAUCCAAUCUUAUGUACAAAGGCAUUGUCAGCUUUGUUGGAUGUUUUACAAGGGCAACUACCAGAAGGUCUCAAGUCUGAACCAGAUGAUGUUAUUGAUCCAUUAUUUGAUCUGUUACUGGAUCUUGCGACUUCUCAUGGUCCUGAAUCAGCCGCUGCCAAUGAUGGCAGUCACUUGACAGCUGUAGCUUGUGCUUGUUUAUUGAGUCUUGUUGUAGUUAGAGGAGAUACUGGGCGGCUGCUAGCAGCAAUAGCGGCAUUGCUUAUGUCUCCGAGAGCGUUAGCAGUACAAAAUAUUCAGAUGCCAUGUGUAUUGACGUCUCUACAGAGAAGUGUUCACGCUGUUUUGUUAGGCAAACUCAUGAGACCAGAUUGGAUUACAUAUGGUGUUCCUAAGUGUUCUAGGAUAUAUACCUCUAUGCUUAAGUUACCAAAUGAAAUGAAUAAUAUGGUACUGAAUGAACGUAGUUUUGUGAGUGAUGGAAAGUAUUUAUAUCUGCAUACAUCUCGUGGUUUAUUGAAAAUUGGAAGUGGCCACAGUGGCACAAUUUGGGGGCACAUAUAUAUACAUAAAGCAGAUUUUUAUCCAACAGAAAUAGGAUGGCUUGGUUAUGCUAAUAAUUCAUUAUACUUUAAAUGUGCACCUAGAAAACAAAGUGAGCUAUUGAUUAUCGAUGCAGAAACGCUUAUUGUAACGGGAAUUGCUGUGUUGGAAGGAAAAGAUUGGUCAUCAUCCGUCAUGUUUUCCGAUGGCGAAAAUUUAGGAAUGAUAACAGCUGGCAAGGAUGAAGGUUUCGUAGUACGAACGAUAAAUACGCUGAGUAAUCCUGUAACAGUUGCAUCCGAGCUACCACUAAAAUUGGCAAGGAAAUGUGUAGAUAUAUUCGGAUAUGCAACAUUUGAUGAAGAACAAGCAAUACAUACUUUGAAUCCGGGAUGCGAUGAUGAAAUUGCAAUGGUUACAGCGGGAAAAGAAUUUGGUUUACUGAAAACAGUAUCUGGAAAAUUAUUAUAUAGUGGAAAAGGAACUUGCUUAGGCAUGAAGAGCAAUACGAGACCUAACAGGUGGUUGGAACUUACUUUUGGUAAAGGUCCAAGGAUAAUGCAAUUUGCAACAGGUCAUGAUGGCCAACAUAUUAUCAUGGUUAUGGAAGAUGGUUCUGUACUGUUUGCUGGUACUGCUAGACGUGGAGAAGAUGGAGAUAGUAAUAAAGCUCGUAGACAACCAAAACCGGUAAAACCAAAGAAAAUGGCAAAAGUGGAAGGUCAGUUUAUUAUGGAUGCUGCGUGUAACAAUGGAUCUACCGCUUUAGUCACAAAAGAUGGCUCUCUAUUAAUGUUUGGUAAAGAUACGCUGCAUAGUGAUCCAGUGACGGGUCUAGUUACCGAUUUAAGAGAUGUGUGUAUAGUUCGCGUGUCAUUAGGAAAGGCUCACGCCGCUGCGUUAACUAAUAAAGGACAUCUAUAUACAUUUGGUAUAAAUAAUAAGGGACAAUGUGGUCGUGAUUCUACAACGGUGCAUACCGUAAAUAAGGAAAUGUCAGUAGUUGCGAUGGAAAUGGGUACAGGGGAAGAUGAAUUAAUAAUAGCCGAGGAGGAAAGUGUUGAUCCCACGGAAGAUUGGGAAGAGACAAGAGGGAUGUGCCCUCCGGGACAACAUCAAUGGAGGCAUCGCGUUUGUAUGGUUUGCACGAUAUGCAGAGAAUGUACCGGCUAUAGCAUAUCGUGCCUGAGUAGCAUACGUCCCGAUCGGAAUCCCGGUCAAGAAUGUGGAUGCGGCGAAGGAGACAGCGGAUGCGCGGAAUGUGGAUGUUGUCGUACGUGCGCAAGAAAGAGUUGUAGCAAUGGCAUAUCAGGUUCCAACUUCCGAGAAUAUCUGCAAAGACGAUUGGGUGAGAUAAAGCAACGGCAGCGGAGCAAAGCAGGACCGAGUACCGUCAAAUAUGGAGUAAAAACUAAGGGAUCGAAUAAUCAACGUGUAGCUGGUCCUAGUAUCGCACAAAAGGGAUUUCCAGAAAAAGUGGCAUUGGGAUUGGGCGUUAAUCUCGCGGUUGAGGAAGGCAUCGGCGGUAGCGAUGUAGAACGAGGGGAUGCGGCGAGGAUUGCUAGUAUCUCACCAGCCAGAGUCCCUAUUCCUAGUGAAAGUCCUGUGAUUCAAGUGUCCUGUGGUUUGCAUCACACGGUGUUACUUUUGCAAAAUGGAGAAGUGUAUACAUUUGGUAGUAAUAUAUAUGGUCAGUUAGGCGUUGGAGAUUUAGUGGCACAUGCAGGACCGGUACAAGUUAAAUUACCAACUAUUGCUAUCCAAGUAGCAGCUGGGAGCAAUCAUACUGUAAUACUCACAUCAAAGGGUGAAGUUUAUACGUUCGGUGCAUAUCAAAAGGGACAACUCGGCAUGAAUUGGUGGAAUGGUCAGAACGAGUCUACAAACACUUCUCUAAAUCGUCGUGCUGAUCGUUCUCAACCAUGGCAUAGCUUUCCAAAUGUAGUGCCAAAUAUUGGUCCUCGAUGGGGUAGACGAGCGACGUGGAUCGGUGCCGCCGGAGAUCAAACUUAUGUUAAGAUAGAUGAAAUAAAUUCGAUUAGUUUGACGAAGAGUACCGUUAUGGCGAAUAAAAAUUGUAUUAUCUUGAUACCUCAUCAGAAUGAGCACGCGAAUUCUUUUAAAAGUUUGGUGAUAAGCAAACGCGAUGGAACUUGCAACAGUUAUAGUGGCGCGGAUCAAGUUGAUUUCAGUAAUUGCGCGACGUGCUUGGAUCCUUUGUACAAUGUUAUUUGGACUUUUAAUUCGACGAAUAACGAAAUAAGCUUGUACAAUAUAAUAUCGACGGAAGCUAGAGCGAUACCUGGUUUGGAAGCUUCUAUUCUUAAUCCAGGUUUGGCGCUUCCAAUUGUUUCGACUUGUUUCGUAACGCGCUCACAAGCUGCAAUGCAUUUAUUAGCUUGUUUGGAUACAUUGACACAGGCACAAGAUGAAAACUUAUUGAUAGUCGAAGAAAACGAAUGUAAUCAAUCGACACACGGUAAAGUGUACAGUCGUGAAGAUUACGCCACUGUUAGCAGAUUCGAAAGUCACGGAGGAGGAUGGGGUUAUUCUGCCCAUUCCAUUGAAGCAAUCAGAUUUAUGCCUGAUACAGACAUUAUAUUGGGAGGGUAUGGUUUAUUUGGUGGUCGGGGUGAAUACACUGCGAAGAUAAAGCUAUUUGAUAUUGGAAUUGAUGGUGGAGAUCAAGAGAACGAUGGUGAACUUCUCGCAGAGACAGAAGAGAUUCCAUAUGAAUGCGGCCCAAGACAGAAGUAUUCGAUAUUGUUUGACGAACCUAUAUCCCUGCAGGCGAAUAGAUGGUAUGUAGCAUGGGCUAAAGUCGGUGGACCUUCCAGUGAUUGUGGUUCCGGUGGACAAGGAAUGGUCACAGCAGAAGAUCAAGUCAUGUUUUAUUUCAAGUCUUCUAAAAGAUCUAAUAAUGGCACUGACGUUAACGCUGGACAGAUUCCACAAUUAUUGUAUCGCGUCAUUACACCUGAAAAUCAAACAUCAAAUAGACAGAGAGACCAAAUUGAACCCGUUUACGUCUUGAAGAGGGAAUUCAGUAGAACCGUCACGAAGGAGUGCUUUCAAUCUUUGAUAUCUCUCCUUCAAUGGAGUUGGAACACAUUGAAAACGACGUUGGCUGAUGUGACUGUUCAUAUUGCGUCGUCAACUCACGCAAUGCUUGAAAUGGAACGAUUGGUGUACAUAAGCAAAGCUAGUUUAAGACUACUUAGAACAUACACCAAUGAAAUUUAUCCUAACCACGUCGUUAAGAAGACUCCUCCCGAAUCCGUACGUUUGGCGGAGUGUAUAGGUGAAGUCCGAGCAUUGUUGCGUCAAAUUUUGUCUGAUUCUUUGCCGAUUACUUUGAAAAGUAAAGGAAAGACGCGGUCUAACAAAAGUUCUAGUAGUACUUUGGGAAAUAAGAUGACAAGUAGCAUACUGGAUGAAUGUCACAAAACAUUUGUAGCUUGUUAUCAUGCAUUUUAUCCUACUGCAUAUCUUAAAUGGACCUCCUUAUGCGAAUUAUUAUCAGAUAUCGAUAAAGAACAAGGUACAACUACAAAAGAUCGUCUUCUUUCGGCAGUGCUAGCUUCUUUAUGCAAUUCGGCAAUACGGCUUAGGUGCACAUUUCCAAUCUUAAACAACAUUAUGGACAACAAUGACAGCGUGAAACGGCAGCUUAGCCCAUCCGACAAUGCCGGUCUGCUUAUGAUGAAUUCGACGGAAACUCAUCAGUAUCCAAUUUUGGUUGAGCAAAUUAGCUACAAAUCUCAAGUAGAAAGCUCUGGCAAAGAAAUUUUGAAUUGGUCAUUCCGUGAAGUACUUGAUAGAUUGUUAGAUUUGAUAUUGAUACCGGUUAAAAGAAACCUUUGUAGAGAGAAGACUCAGUCUCUGCCAGAAUUGGUUCUUCAUUGCUGUUAUUUAUUAGCGCGAGUUAUAGCCGAAUUGGCCGCGCAAUCGAGUGGAAACGAGGACGAGCUGCAAGCAGCUUGCGGCAGACUUAUGUAUACGACGCCCUCAAGAUUUACAAGAACAAAUCAGUCAAGAUCAUGGAAUACGGGUAAUGGUUCUCCGGAUGCUAUUUGUUUUUCAGUCGAUAGACCAGGCAUUCUUAUAGCCGGUGUUGGUAUCUAUGGAGGUGCAGGAGUAUAUGAUUAUGAAUUGGAAUUGUUAGAUGAUCAAAAUAAUACUGGUAACGAUCCAUCACAUACUCAGCGUUGGAGUAGCUUGGAUUUUACAAGAGGAUCUUUUGGACCGGAUGACUGUAUUAAUGACAUAGUAGAAUUGAAAUUUGACAAACCGGUGCUCAUAAAAGAGAAUAUUAAGUAUGCUAUUAGACUGCGAAAUCGUGGAGGAAGAACCAGUAAUGGUGAUGGCGGCUUAAGUAUUGUCAAAGGAGCAGAUGGCACAACAUUUACUUUUACGGCUUGUUCUUUAAGUUUUAAUGGUACGACACAAACUAGAGGUCAAAUACCACAUAUUUUAUAUUAUUCAAAUCCGCAAGAUUCUGACGGACAACAUACGAAUAAAGCUAUGGCAGAAGUGCAAGCGAGAAAGUGUACUCUUGCCAUGACUGCAACAAUUAUUCAACGGUCAAACGAAAUUUUUUCUUUGGCAAGAGAAAGAACGGAGGAAGUAAUAGUUAAUGAAGUUCUUGGUAAUGCAACUUUUGUAACGACUCUUUUACCGCUAGUAAUGGCACAUAUUAGUCCUUUAGCUACCUCAGAUCCUAGAAGCAGUGUCCAAAUUCUUACCCUAAUACAAGAGAUGUUGCCACACGUUGCAGCCUUGAAUUUAUUGUCCACGAUGGGUACUUCUCAAAUAUCGCAAGAUAGUGAAACUCAAUCACACUUUGCUCCUCCAAUUACUACUAGUCAUCAUUAUACUUGGCUAGAGAGCGAACAUCCUUAUAAACCGGCGACAGUGUCAUAUUACAAAGUCACUUUUCCGGAAACAGUAAAAUGGCUGACUGUCGAAUUUACUCCAGAAUGUGGAACAUCACAACCAGAAGAUUAUCUACAACUUUAUAUACCAAAUUUGAUUCCUAACUCCUCUGCAGGGACGGUUUCAAAUAUUACGGGAGAAGAUACUCCUCUGUAUUGGCCAGUAUUACACAAAUUGAGUAAUGUUCAGAGUCAGUGGCUACAAAAUGCUGUUGUGUUACCAGGAAAUGAAGUAAUAUUUUCAUUGGAAACUGCAUCUGAUUAUAUGAAGAAUGAGAGCUCAAUUACAUAUGGUUUUAAAUGCUUAGUUAUUGGUUACGAUUGGAUAACAUCCGGCCAUGGUCUAAAAAAUUUGGAAAUCGAACUGUCUUUUCUUGGAGGAGCAUGUGCUGCAAGUCUCAUGAAGAAAAACUUAUCGUUGCCUCCAGUGUCUUCGGAAGAGGUUGAAGAGGAUUUGGAAUCGAUGCAGGAAACAGCAAAGAGGAUUUUCUCCGUACAUUCGGGAUUACUUGGACGAGGAUUUGCACUCGCGUCACCACCUACAGUUUCGCAGGCUCUCGACGGCGUGCUUCCGUACAGUUGUCACUCGAACGAACGUCUGUUUCUGCGCGAUUUUGUCUCCUGCUCGGCUGGCACAAGUGGUGGCAGACUCGCGCGAUGGCUACAACCAGACAGCUUCGUCGAUCCCUCUCAAUGCGAGGCAUUAUAUUCGCGCGAAGAAAUGAGAUGUGGAUGGCCGGCUAUCGUCACCGUGCUCACGAGAGAUCAAUACGGCGAAGUCGUGCAUGUGCCUGGAUUGAAGAUCGAAGUCAAGGCGGUGCCGAUCGAUAAAACCGACAUUACGGAGUCCGACCAGAGUAGAAAGAUUCGUCGUGUCUCUCAACCGGAUCCCAUGACAUUUGGUGGUCAUCCGCAACCAUCGUUGGACGUUCCUUACGAGGUGACCAUCAACAACAAGAUGUGCUUCUACGCUAUUACCAUCAUGAAAGCCUAUCAGAAUUACUCGUUUGAGGAAUUGAGGUUUAUGUCACCUGCUGUAAAGAGAUCGAGCGAGAGUAUGUUGGUGAGACCUAACGGCGACGGAAGCUACAGCGCUACAUGGACACCAUCCUCCGUCGGCUGGUACUCGCUGAUGAUCACAGUGGAUGGUUACAAUAUGGAGGAUAACUACAAAGUUGAGGUAAAGGAACCUCCGCAAGGCAUGCAACCACCUACUCAGAAUAUUGUUAAGAAGCCUCAGCUUCAGCCGAGCAGACUCAGAAAAUUUGUGGCAAAGAAUAGUGCUGGUUUAAGAAUACGAGCUCAUCCAUCCCUGCAAAGCGAACAGAUUGGAUUCGUGUCAGUUAAUGGCACUAUAGCUUUCGUUGAUGAGAUUCAUAAUGAUGAUGGAGUUUGGCUACGAUUAAAUGCGGAAACAAUCAAGGAAUAUUGUAACAGUAGUCAUCUUGAGGCCUGGUGCUUGCAAUAUAAUCAGCAUUUAGGAAAAACUUUGCUUCUGCCUGUAGAAGAACCAAAAUCCAUUUUGGAUCAAGUUAUUAAGGAAACCAUUCUGCGGAAACGUUCUGACGCUAGUAGCGAUGACAAAAGAAAGACGGUGACUUUCGACGCCGGGAAAAGCAUGGUAGUUGUGAAAUGCGGGGCUUCCGGACACAAUAUUAGAAGUAAACCGAGUUUGAAAGGCCUGCCGAUCGGAAUGUUAGCGCUUGGAAAUACAGUGACUGUUCAAGAAUAUUGUAUGAAUAACGAGGGAACUUGGGUACGCAUCGAUGAUGAUUCAGUGGCAAAAUAUUGCUUCGAUAAAGGUCGAAGCGUAGAGGCAUGGUCGUUGGCGAUUAGCAAGCAAACCAACGUGAUUUAUAUGAAGCUCGAACAAGAUUUAGAAAAUGAUCCGAUCGAGAAAAAACCGAUGAUACCGGAUCCAAUCGUUUCACCGGGCAAUAAAGGUUUUGAUUUUUCCGUACCUUCCGUUAGUCAUGAAGGCUUCAAUUUUACUACGCAAAAUUAUACACCAGAUACAGCAGAAUCUGCUGAUAGUUGCAAUACAAACCCAUUUGUUUUUGGCUCAUACAAUCAGCAUGAUUCACCAGGAAGUGAACGUUUUACACCAGAAAAAGCUGAUGGUACAAAAUUCUCGAAGCCUCAUUCCAAAGAAAGAGUAGCCAAAGAACGCGAACGAGAAGGCGGUGGAGGAAAAUUUAGCGUUCUUCAAAAAUGGCUAAGAGGAGAUGACAAAUGUCAUGGAGAAAAAAGAAGUUCCCCUGGCAGAGAUUUUUCUGAAUUUGUGGGCGUAUCUGUGAAGGAGUUGGUAAAAGCGAUGGGGGAAAGUCGUGCAAAUGGCAACGGAGCGACACCGCCAGAAACCCCGCGACGAAUGUCAAGAAGUUCUUCACCGAAGAAUCUCCAAGGUGGGUCACCAAGAUUUCACAGCCCCUCUUCCAGUCCAGUUCCAAUACCUGAAGCUGUGAGAACGGACGCUGAUACUUCUGGGUCCAGUCGACAGCCAGCCAUGUCUGGCAAUUGCCUCUUCCCUCCUGCUGCUAACGCACCAGGUGGGAGAAGCGCGAUAGGAGGGGGAGAGAGUAUGAGUAGCAGCCCUGUACUCUGCGGCUCCCCCCGAAGUGUCGGCCUCUCCCCGUUAGUAUCAGGAGGGAUGGUCGACAGCAUAACGUCGCAACGUCGCGGCUCAACGCAGAGUGACACAAGUGCCUUGGUUAGCAGCUUGACGAGAGAUCCAUCACAGUCACCGAGCGGUAUUAGCACUACUGCCAAUACGCGUGAUCUAUCACCGAGUCCAAGUUGCAGUUCUUUACACAUGAGAUCUGAGGGCAGCAUAGCUAGUCCACCCGAUACUCCCAAGAAGGAAUGCGCCGAUACGCAAGAAAGUCCGCGCAAAGUGUCUCAAGCGCAAACGCAGACAAGCCCCGAAAGCGCUACCACAGCUAUGAAAGGUCACUUUAGCAUCGGUUCAUCCGGAAUGAAAGAUGAGCGACACUCGCCAAAAAUGAACAGAAGAGAUCAUAUAAAAGCCGUGAAAACGAGAGCGAAACGCGCCAUGUCACCUGCCAACGCGCAACAGAGUCCCAGUCCUAAUCGUGCUCUAAAUUUAUGUAAAGAAAAGGUGAAGGAAGCGAUCAGUCCUUCUGUGGCAGAAUGUCUGAGAGCUGUUUUUGCCGCGUUCUUGUGGCAUGAGGGAAUUGUACAUGAUGCUAUGGCUUGCGCCAGUUUUCUUAAGUUCCACCCUAGUUUACCCAAGCAGGGUGCGCUGGUUGUAACCAGACAAACCGUGCAAUCCAGUGACAAGCAACAACAGGAGCAAAAGGCACGUCAAAGACACUCGGUCGAGGUGACGAAUGCCGGUAAUUAUUUGCACAUUCAGCCCAGCACGUUAGAGACUCUCACGCGUUCAGCCGCGAAUGCUAAUGCCAAUAGGAGUAGGAAAAAGCAGGAGAAUACGAUCAAAGAAGAAAUUCAGGCAACUGCGGGUAAGCUUAGUUCCUUGCCUGAAUUUCAUACGGUGGCGGUGUUACCGCCUGCGUUAAAAAGUUGUUUUUUAUGGGAAGAACUCAGCACUAAUUGUCUGCAAGCCAUUGAACAACAAUCGAUAUUGCCUAGUCCUAUAUCACAGAUACAAACGAUGAAGCUGACAAAACGACCGAUACCGGAAAAACGUCCUAGAGAGGACAAAGUGAAAGAACGCGAGAAAAAAGGUAACCGGAAGAAGAAGGAAUGGAAACCAAUCGGAAGAGCAAAUACAUCAGAGGUUUUAGCUGGAAUUGAACGCGAAACUAUCUGUGAACUUUGCGGCCUGAUGUUCCCACAUCCAGUAACUUAUCAUAUGAAAAUGAUGCAUCCAGGCUGUGGUUGGCAUGCAGGCGGAAAAGGAUACAAUAGUGGCGGAAACUAUUGUGUGGGGUGGGCAGGCAAUUGUGGCGAUGGCGGUGUCGGCGGUAGCUCGUGGUAUUUAAUCUGUGACACAUGUAGAGAUAAAUAUUUGAAGGCCAGAAAGAACAAAUUUGCGAAGAAAUUUGUGAGCGGGAUUUCCAAAAGAAAAAAUGGCACGAACAAGGUUCUAUCUCCGAUUAACAGCCCCGGCGGAAACGAAACUCAUAUCAUUAUGAAAAACAACGCGAUGUUUCUACUAGAUCUGGCUAGCGCUUCUGGUUUUAAUAUUCCCAAACAACAAAGACGACCCUCACAGACUUUAUCGUCCGUAGCUGAAAAUUAUAGCCCUCCCGAAGCUACCGGACCAUUUCCACCAACUGGACCAUUCCAAUGUUUGCAAGCUUUAGGUAUUCAUCAUUCACAGAGUCACGAUGAAAGGUAUUACGAAGAAACUUUGAGACGUGAAAAUGGACAACAAAAUAAUUAUGAGGGAAACAGUGGCACAUUUAACAAUACGAAUGGCAGACCAUUGUCAGAAUAUCCAAUGAGUGAUAGCGAUAAUGAAAGCGGCAAAAAUCGUAGUACGUUUCAUAGAUCGGUAUCUAUGUCUACCGGUGCACCUUGGGCCAGAAAUAGUAAUGACGGCAGAGUCGUUAUGAUGAGGAAACGAAAUAACAGCAGUAGCGAAAUGAAUAACGAGGCGGGUUCUUCGCUUUUAUGUUAUCCAUCUGCUGCAUUGCAGAAAUUAGUGCCAUCGAUGGAUCAAUCUGCUAUAGUAUCCACUAGUCAAACUGAAGUAGCAAGUAACGAUCGAAUAGAGAUUCUUAUGAGACCUGUAAUGUUGUUCGUUCUUCAACAACACAACUUGCAACAUCUUCAGCUUGCGAUGAAGCAAGCAUUACGUCGCGCCGCUUGUCGAGUUUACGCGAUGCAGGCGUUAAAUUGGCUUUUGAGAAGCGUAACGCAACCAAUUUGUUUGCAUGACUUACUUUGGUGGUUUGUCUCUUCUCUUACACCGGUAGUUCCUUCGGAUAAUAUGGAUGCGAACGAUGAUGAUAACAGAACGGAAAAGAAGGAAGAUCAUGAUAUGAUUGGUGUUAGCGAACAUCCUUUAAGCGAUUUAGUAAUAGCCGGAGAAUCCGUCAAUCCAUUACCUACUGUGUUUCACACCUUGUUACAAACAAUUGCAGAUUUAAUGCUAUUACCACCACUUGGAUCUCCAUUACAACAAGCUGCAAUUCGAUGCUGGGGUAUCCGAUUUACACCAGCAGAUCAUAUGUUCCUGCAUAGAAGUCACGUAUUUAGUAAUAUUAGUAAAAUUCUUUCGCGAUCUGAAGAAGAAGAAGAUGUAACUAUGAGUAUGCAUGAGAGCCACCAGUCAACAGUUUCACAACAGACAAGCAGUUGGGUGGAAGCUUUAAAGGAUUUAACAUCCAGUAUUGAAAUCAAAGCUUCCAGUAGGCAAGCCAUGAUUGGUAGCCUAACAGACAAUUCGACAGAAACAUUUUGGGAAUCUGGAGAUGAAGAUCGUAAUAAAACUAAAGUAAUCACUAUUCUCUGUGGUGCUCAUUCCUUGCCUAGGAUGUUAUAUGUACAUAUCGAUAAUUGCCGGGAUUUAACACAUAAAGUAUCAAGUGUGACUUUUCUAUCUGGUGUUAACGUUGAUGAGAUGAUAAAACUAAGAUCUGUAGAAAUCGAAAGUAGAUCGGCCGGAUGGAUCAAUUGUCCAAUCACUGAUCAACGUCAUAUAGUUGUGGGUAUGGAAUUAAAGGGUCCAGAUAACUCUCUAAGAGUUCGACAAAUCAGAAUACUUGGCGAGAUCGAAGGAGGUUCUCUAAAAGUAGGAAAACAACUAAGCGCGCAAACUAUCCAGCAAAGAAAUUGCGAGGCAGAAACUUUGAAAGUGUUUCGAUUAAUUACGUCCCAGGUAUUUGGAAAACUUAUACAAGGAGAAAAGCAACAACAGAUGGAAUCAACGGAAGGUGUUAACGAGGAUAUAGAAGAUAGCAAUGAUCUCCGGGAGCAUAUGGUUGGAAUAUUGUUCAGUAGAAGCAAUUUAACACAUUUGCAGAAACAAGUCUGCACUCAUAUCGUACAAGCAAUUAGAAAAGAAACUGUACGCUUGAGAGAAGAAUGGGAAACACUUUUAUGUUCACCGACACCGGCUAACAGCGUCUUGAGUGACAAUAGCGAUCUGCCAAAAGCGGCUGAUACUUAUUGCUUCGAAAUGCUUUCAAUGGUUCUUGCUCUAAGUGGUAGUUCUGUAGGACAAUAUUACUUAUCACAUCAGACUGGGUUAUUAAAAGAUCUACUUAGUUUACUGCAUACCGGAUCGGCAAGGGUGCAGCGUCAAGUAACAUCUCUCUUAAGACGGAUAUUGCCCGAAAUUAAACCUGAAACACUAGCGAAUGUUAUAAAUGUUGAACGAUUGCCGCCUACUGAUUUUAGUAUCGUAUCCGCAGCGAAUAGCGGUUUUAUUCAUGUUUCGGAUUUCGACGAACAUUCCGCUGGAAUUCUUGAUGUAUUUCUAAGCUGUAUUGCAAAAGCAUUGACUGUACAAGUUAAAGUAAAAGAAAAGGAAAAUAGUGGCAAAGCGCUUCAAACUGUUUCGUUAGCUAUCAGCAUUCAUCCGAAAAGUUUCGUUGGAACGAGAUGGUGGUUAAGAGGUUGCAUGACGCGCAAGCUGGCAGAAGUAAUAAUUCAACUUUUGAAAGAUAUGGCAUCAGGUAAGUUGUCGGAGGAAUGGGCGUCUGUAACAAAAGCGGCUAUAGCAGAGAAUAUCCUAAAUUUAACUAGACUGGACGAAAAGAGUCGUGAUCCUACAGAAUGUCUUCGAUCUCCGACGCUGUGGUUAGCACUGGCAUCCUUGUGCGUUUUGAAUUCAGAACACGUGGAAAGAUUAUCGUCUGGUCAAUGGAGUGGUUCUGAAGGACAGCCACUGCCACCCAGGCCAACAUGUAAUAAUCACGAUGAUGAUGAAACUACAGCUAUUAUUCAGUGUAACGUUUGUGGUAAUCUGUGUGCGGAAUGCGAUAGAAUUCUUCAUCUUCAUAGAAGGACAAGAAUGCAUAUCAGACAAGUAUGUAAGGAAGAAGAGGAAGCGAUACGUGUGGAUCUUCACGAAGGAUGCGGUAGAACGAAGCUUUUCUGGAUCUUGGCUUUGGCAGAUAGUAGGACAUUGAAGGCGCUGGUAGAAUUUCGUGACGGUGCGCCGAGAAAACCGGUUGGCGCCACUACUGGUAUUUGUCGAUUUUGCGGUACCACGGGAAACACGGGUUUGCUAGCAAUAGGCAACAUUUGCGCCGAUCAUGAUUGCCAGGAACAUGCGAAAAACGCGUGUAACAUGGUCCACUCUUGCGGACAUAUUUGUGGGGGUGUUAGGAAUGAGAGAACUUGUCUACCUUGCCUUCAUCGUUGUUUACCAGGGUCCGAUUUAAAACAGGAUGCCGAUGACAUGUGCAUGAUUUGCUUCACCGAGGCUCUGUCUUGCGCACCAGCGAUUCAGCUGCAGUGUGGCCAUGUAUUUCACUUGCAUUGCUGCCGGCACAUUUUGAUGAAGCGCUGGGUAGGACCACGAAUCACUUUCGGCUUCUCUCUGUGCCCGAUAUGCAAAAUACCGAUGGAUCAUCCGACGUUAUCCGAGCAACUGGCAAGUGUGAAAGAGCUUUACGAAGAUGUACGGAGAAAAGCGCUAAUGCGUUUGGAAUAUGAAGGCUUACACAAGGCCGAAGGAACUUUUGCACCUGGUGGUCGUUAUCAGGAUCCCGCUGCUUACGCAAUGGAACGAUACGCGUAUUAUGUGUGUUACAAAUGCCAGAAAGCUUAUUAUGGUGGUGAGGCACGUUGCGACGCACAGUUGGGCGGAGAAUCGUUUGAUCCCGCUGAAUUAGUAUGUGGCGGCUGUAGCGAUGUGGCAAGGGCACAGAUGUGCCCAAAACACGGGGCAGACUUUCUCGAAUAUAAAUGUCGAUAUUGUUGUUCGGUGGCGGUAUUCUUCUGCUUCGGAACUACACAUUUCUGCAAACCUUGCCACGAUGACUUCCAGCGUGUUACCACUAUUCCAAAGAAUGAGCUGCCAAUGUGUCCUGCUGGUCCCAAGGCGAAGCAACUGGAAGGAGACGAGUGUCCCUUACACGUGAAACAUCCACCGACGGGAGAAGAAUUUGCUCUCGGUUGCGGCAUUUGCCGUAACGCGCACACGUUCUAAGCUUCCAGCUAAUGCUGUUUUGUAAUUUUCAUGAAAUUUGGAAUUGACGCAGAUUGCGAUAGAAUGUGAGAACGAAUUAUAUCGCUUUAAUUCGCAAUGAUAAGUUUAGGAAAGGAUAUAUCUGUUAAGGAAAGGAUAAGCCGUUUUAAACUUAGUAAUUAGUUGUUAGGCGGUAAACAGAAGAGCGCAUAAAGCUUAUGUAUUAAAUCUCUUCGUGCAAAUCAAGGGACAAGAUUUGUAUGUCAUACACGAUGUAACAGAUCCGUAUCAGAAUCCGUAACAGAAUUAUAUAUCUCUUAAGUAUUUUAUUUCCUAAAGUAAUACAAUUCUCUGUACUAUUUAUAAAGAAUCGAAUAUUUAAUACUGAUGAAUAAUACUCGUAUGAGUAUGAGUAUGAGUAUGAGUAUUAUUGUACGUAAAAGAAAUUUACAUUUAAGAUUUAUUGCAUUAAAUCUCAU